GGAGGAAUUUCAACAAAUUACUGAGGAAAAAGGCAAGAAAAUAUACAAACGAGCUUUGUGUGUGCUUUGGCAAGUGCAUAACUCCUUCCCACACAAAGCCAACAGUGACCAAAGCCAGCCUGCUGCACGAACCACACAACAGGCAACACAGUCAACAAAUAAAAACAAGCAGCACAGUUUAGAUGAUGAGCAGCAGAACGGACACGGACGGUUCCUCAAUCAGAUUCAGCGAUCACACACUGGACAAGGCCACCAAGGCCAAGGUGACGUUGGAGAAUUACUACAGUAACUUGGUGACACAAUACGGCGAGCGUAAGCAGCGCCUGGCUAAAUUGGAGGCCCAGCUGAAGGACGAAAGUCUAACAGAGUCGCAACGUCAGGAGAAACGCUUACAGCAUGCGCAAAAAGAGACGGAAUAUUUGCGUCUCAAGCGAUUACGUCUGGGUGUCGAGGAUUUUGAGGCGUUGAAAGUCAUCGGGCGCGGUGCAUUCGGUGAGGUGCGAUUGGUGCAAAAAAAGGACACGGGACAUGUCUACGCUAUGAAAGUGCUCCGCAAGGCCGAUAUGCUCGAGAAAGAACAAGUGGCGCAUGUACGGGCCGAGCGUGAUGUUCUUGUGGAGGCCGAUCAUCAGUGGGUGGUCAAGAUGUACUAUAGUUUUCAGGAUCAGGUCAAUUUAUAUUUGAUAAUGGAGUUCUUGCCUGGCGGGGACAUGAUGACGCUGUUGAUGAAAAAGGACACACUAUCAGAAGAGGGCACACAGUUCUACAUCAGCGAGACGGCGCUGGCGAUCGACUCGAUACACAAACUCGGUUUCAUACACAGGGACAUUAAGCCUGACAAUUUGCUGCUCGAUGCUCGAGGGCAUCUCAAGCUCUCCGAUUUUGGACUCUGCACUGGUCUGAAGAAGUCACAUCGAACAGACUUUUAUCGGGACUUGUCGCAAGCGAAACCAUCAGAUUUCAUUGGCACCUGUGCAAGUCCCAUGGAUUCGAAGAGGCGGGCCGAGUCGUGGAAACGGAAUCGACGUGCCCUUGCCUACAGCACAGUUGGAACGCCGGAUUACAUUGCACCCGAAGUAUUUCUGCAGACUGGAUAUGGACCAGCCUGCGAUUGGUGGUCGCUGGGCGUCAUCAUGUACGAAAUGCUAAUGGGCUAUCCACCAUUCUGCUCAGAUAAUCCGCAGGACACCUACCGCAAGGUAAUGAACUGGCGCGAGACCCUUAUCUUUCCACCAGAAAUCCCCAUAUCGGAGGAGGCAAAGGAGACGAUCAUCAAAUUCUGCUGUGAGGCGGAUCGCCGGUUGGGCUCGCAGCGUGGACUGGAGGACCUGAAGUCGGUGCCGUUCUUCCGCGGCGUCGACUGGGAGCAUAUACGGGAGCGACCAGCGGCCAUACCCGUUGAGGUGCGCUCCAUUGAUGAUACGUCCAAUUUCGAUGAAUUUCCUGAUGUCUCGCUGGAGAUACCAUCAGCGCCUAUACCGCAGGGCGGUGAGAUUGCCAAGGAUUGGGUCUUUAUCAACUACACGUACAAGCGAUUCGAGGUGCGAAAUUUGGAGUGAAUCAGGACUCGUAGCAAAAGCAGGAGAAGGAGCAGAAGCAGUAGCAUCUUCGAGGUUGCCGCACUUUGCCACCCAUACUCGUAUUUUCACCACCAUAGCCGUCGUCGCCGUCGCCGUCUCUCUAACACCAUCACCACCAAGAGCAAGAGCAUUCUCCACGCUAAACAAAAACUUAAUUUUCCUUUUUGAAUAUCUUACCUACAUGUGUAUUUAAAUACUAGCUAACAUUUGUGAUUCCAAACGAAGAGAAAAGUGAAGAUAGCGAGAUCUAA